AUGAUGAACUCUAAAGCAUACAAGUGCGAUCCGGUCCAUGGGCGAUAGAAAUAAAAUACACUCCAUGCAUUCCCAUACCGGUAUGUAUUAUGAAUUGUGUCUGUAACUGUACAGAAAAGGAAAACAACGUGAUCUCAAAAAUGUCAUGAAAGAACUUGUUUGCAAACUAUCACGUCUGCACGCGACGUUGACCAAUACAGUCAGCUAGUGCAUUGAACUUGGUUUAUACUGCAUGUACAUAUAGUUGUUGGAAUCAUUUUCUGGAACGGACAAGGGAUAUAUCUACUUUAUCCAGUGGCAGGAUAUCUGUUGGUAAUUGAGUGCACGGACUGAUGAGGACACGAUCUGUUAACCGGCCUCUGGUCACCGAGAAAUAAAAACACUCUUUAUGAUCAGCGUAUGGCGUAUGCGGGUGCGGAUAAUCCACAGCAGAUCAUGCCAACAGAUUUAGAGCGGAGAGCGCUAUCUAAAAUCUGAAAUUUAACCAACAAGAACAUCGUGACUUCACCUAUAUAUAUGGCAAGGGAAAUGUGUGAUUCAAGAGGCAGAAAGCGUCAGAAUAAUUCAGACUUAUUGAAAUCACACUCAUAAGAAGGAAUCAUGCAGCUACUGUAUGUGGAAAUGGGAAGAAAAAUGAGGUCAUUCUAGCGGCAUACUUCUUGCCGGGAAGUCGUUAUCCUGUGGAGUAUAAUUGCAAACGGAGGAUUUAGCCAUGCACGCUGAGGAUGGGUAAUAUAUUACCCGGGCUAUAGUAUAUUCCUGAAGAACAACAUAACUAGGCUUUGCAUGAAUUGCAAGGAUUUUACAGAUGGAAUCAAAGGAGCACAACAGGAAUUUAUCUCGAUGUAAUAACAGCCUAUACAUACAGCUUAGUAUGCACUCGACUCGACAGCACAACAAAUUUAUUGUCGGAAUUGAAGUUGAGACCAGCUAGUACAACAUUUCCUAACCCCAAGCCACGCCGAGGAGACCAACACCCGACCACAUAUGAAAACGUUAUAUCAUGUGCUAUGCUUCACAGUCUAUAUGAACGGAAUAUUAUUAUUAUUAGUAUUAGAAGUAGUAGUGGUACAUAAAUCCCGUACUUAUAUCAGCUGUUAGUACAUUUCAACUCCCGUCAUGGACGGAAGCGAAGAGUUGCUACUGAUCAGGAGAACAGAGACGGGCGAGACUGAUGGGACAAUAGUCCGCUUAAGAUGGAGAGUGUAUGGGUUAGCUAUCAUCACUCUCCUUAACGCCAUGAACUUCACACAACAGUACCUUAUUAUCGUUACAAUAUUUGGAAUGGCUAAUGAGAUGAAGUUCGGAGAAACAGAAUGUAGGGUGAUCAACGAAACAGCAGCACGUGACUAUAUUGGUGAUCUCAACAUGACCGGGGAGAAAUUGUGCGCUGAGCCAGGAAGAUGCUCUGAAAACAGCACGAUGUUUUUACCAGAUGUGUGUGGUAUACAGUACACAGGGCUGGGUACACUCUAUGACGUAUUGGCUGGACCAAUUUACCUCAUCAUACAAGGUGUAGCAGCAGUUCCUCUCGUAGGCUUGAUUCAAAGCUUUUCUUUGAGGCCUCCAUUUGCCAUUGGGAUAAUCACCGUACUGUGGACUCUCUGUACCUUGAUUACAGGCUUCGUCAAAGACUACUGGGCCGUUGCCUUGCUUCGCUUCCUCUAUGGCAUAUUCUCUGGUCCGUUCCUACCUUUAGCUCUCGGAUACUUGACACACAUCUUUCAAACGGAGGUACACACUCUCGCCUUUGGGAUAGGCCAAUACGGAAACAUCGCAGGAUAUGGAAUAUCUUACCUCUUCAUCCUAGUGAGUGACAGCAUCGGCUGGAGAUGGUGUUAUAUUAGCUGUGGAUCGGCGGGUCUCAUCCUCGCCGUUGCUUCCUGUUUCAUGGUAAAUCCCACAGGACCUCACCAUCAAGACAAGAAGAACACCUUAAUGCCAUCUUGGAAGGAACAUCGCGCCAGUCUGAGACAGAUAAUCUGGUCUUUGAUGCUUUGUAUUGUCCUGGCACAAACAGCACGUAUUGCAGGCAUGUACGUCGUUUCCUUCAACCUCACCGUUUAUUUGGCGGAGUACUUUCCAGAGUUUAAUGUGAUUGUGAUAGGCUUGGUAACGAUAGUCAUAGGCUUCCCAGGCUGCAUCUUCGGAGGAUGGGUAUGUGAUCGUCUACGGAAAGUUUCUGGAAUCCAUGGGAGACUCUCUCUGGCACUUCUUCUCAUGGUUCUCGCGUUAGUAUUCGGAGUGUUGAUAUUCCAAACUUCCCUCACAUCCCUGGUGGUUCUAUACGGUCUUAUGCUGUUCGUCUCUGACUGGGUCUACGUAAUCAUCCUCUCUGUCAUCUCCGAUCUUACUCCGUUGGAGUGCAAGAUAGUCGUCUUUGCCAUCAACUACUUCUUCAACCACUCCGUGGCGGGAGCUAUCAACCUUCUCGUCACUCCGUUGGCGUCUGCGACGAGUUUCAGAUCAGCGAUUACACUCCUAACUGGAACACUUUUUGGGGCAUGCUUCAUCCUUCUCCUCCUGAGCUUCGGUUGUAUGUAUAUAAAGAAGAUAAAGUCUGGGCAGGAGGCUAAUCAAAACAUUGGAAAAGGAGGAGGAGCGGAUGUGACUGAGAAAACUCCCCUGAAAUAUUCAUACAACGGAGAAGAUAAGGCUACAUUGUGA